AUGUAGCUUCGAACUAACUGUUUCUAGUAUUUUUUCAAUAUUUCUUGCAAUGGAAUCAGAGAUUUACAAAUUUAACACUGACACAGUGGAUUUUUGGAAUAGCGUAACUAUAACCGAAGAAAAGCAAAUUUUAAUUAACAGUUGCUUGAAAUGUCGAAAAAUAACCGUAAUUUUGAGAAGGUUCAUCAUGUUUUCAUACAUGGGAUUCGCUAUUAUUCCUGUAAUAAUGGCCCCAAUAGCAAAUCGAAUAAAUCCUGCUUUAAACUGGACCCAACAGUUAUGUACAACUAGUGAAUUACCAAGGCGAGAUGAAUAUUUCCAAUUCUGGUUCAUUUACACUAUUUUACUCAUGGCAAUGUUUGGAAUAAUUCCAUCGAAUGGAGAAACUAUACAAAUUGAUUUCCAGUAA